AGCUUUUCUUUAAGAGGAAUAUUGAACUUCUUGUUCCAUACACGCACAUGUUGCUUUGGCCUCCAAAGGUGUUGAUUGAAAGCACUGCGGGUGGUUUAGGUGUUUGUGACUUGGUGACACACAGCUGGAAGAGGCAAGAGAGGGUGAUUGCCACACUGGCUUGUUGUUUUGGCCGCUGAAAUGUUUUUAAGGAAUCUCAAGGCCAGUAGGAGAGAGGAGGAGAGAUGUGGCUGUGGAUGGUGAGCAUAAAGAUUAGAAUCACCUGAAGCUUUUUGCGCGAGAACACAAAAUCUGUACUCAAAAAGCAUACAAAAGAAUACAGACAAGGACGUGCUUUGUGGCAGAAGUAGCGACCAGUCUCAAUAGACAUACUAUGAACACCCAGUCGGCUAUGUGUGUGUUCUCAUCUGUUCUGCUCUGCUUGAAGGUCAAGGCUCAGGAACAGUGGGGAUAUUUACAAGUACGCAAUGGAUGGCCAUUUCAGAUGUCAUCUACUACGACCAGAUCUUGUAUAGACAUUCUGUAUACAAAACAGUUUGCUUUGUGCAUGAAAAGAAAAUCCCCAACAUGAGGAAAUUAAGCAGACGCAGAUAAGAGCGAUUCCCCGGGGCGCCCUCAACAACCUGCAGAACAUCAGGAAACUCAUACCAGCAUGGUGAUUAACAAGUGAUUCUCCGCUACCUCCAACCUUAGCACCAUAUCGGAGAACGACAUGCUGCAGAGUAUCGAUGCAUUUACGUUCGCAGGCCUCCCUCGGCUCACUGAUAUCUUCAUCUCUGAGAAUGUUGCGUUGGAGAGUAUCGGAGCUUUCGCCUUCUCUGAUCUCCCAGAACUCAUUGAGAUAACUAUAACAAAGUCAAAACACCUGAGACACAUUCAUCCAGAUGCAUUCAAGACCUUAGUGAAGCUACGGUAUCUGACCAUCUCCAACACCGGGCUGAGGAUUUUUCCAAACUUCACCAAAAUCCACUCGACAGCUCACAGCUUCCUGUUUGACCUGCAGGAGAACAGCCACAUAGAGAGAAUCCCCUCCAAUGCUUUCAGAGGCCUCUGCACUCAAACUAUCACCGAGAUACGGCUCACCAGAAAUGGCAUCAAGGAGGUGGCAAGUGACGCUUUCAACAGCACAAAGAUGCACAGAUUGUUCCUAAGAGGCAACAAACAGCUUACUCACAUCCAUCCCAAUGCCUUUGUGGGUUCCAGUGAGUUGGUGGUACUGGACAUUUCCCACACUGCCCUCAGCUCCCUGCCAGAUUGCAUCCUCAGUGGUCUCCAGAAGCUGAUCGCAGAGUCCGCCUACCAAUUGAAGGAACUUCCUCCUCUGCAGCUCUUCACCAAACUCCACCAGGCCAGCCUGACAUACUCGUCACACUGCUGCGCCUUCCAAAACAUUCACAGGAACAGAUCAAGGUGGAACUCCCUGUGCUCCCACCCCAAGGCUAAGGAUAACCAACACUUCUACAGGGAUUACUGCUCCAACUCCACCUCCAUCAUCUGUACCCCAACCCAAGAUGACUUUAACCCCUGUGAGGACAUCAUGUCCGGCGUCCCCCUACGGAUCCUCAUCUGGAUUAUCUCCAUCCUUGCGCUUCUAGGGAACGCAGCCGUACUUCUGGUCUUGUUAGGCAGCCGCACCAAACUGACUGUUCCUCGUUUCCUCAUGUGCCACUUGGCUUUUUCUGACCUCUGCAUGGGCAUCUACCUGGUCGUCAUAGCAACUGUAGACAUGCUAACUCGUGGCCAGUACUAUAACCAUGCCAUAGACUGGCAGACAGGCCUGGGCUGUGGUGCUGCAGGCUUUUUCACGGUGUUUGCCAGCGAGCUGUCGGUGUUCACAUUAACAGCAAUCACCCUGGAACGCUGGCACACCAUCACACAUGCUCUGCGGCUCGACCGUAAACUUCGAAUGAGACACGCGUGCAUCGUCAUGUCAGCAGGGUGGAUCUUCUCCUCGCUCGCUGCUUUGCUGCCCACAGUUGGGGUCAGCAGCUAUGGCAAGGUGAGUAUCUGCCUGCCCAUGGAUGUCGAGUAUCUGGGGUCUCAAGUCUACGUGGUGUCGCUUCUCCUCUUUAACAUCUUGGCCUUCUUCUGCGUUUGCGGCUGUUACCUCAGCAUCUACUUGACUGUCCGGAACCCCUCGUCGGCGCCGGCCCACGCAGACACCCGCGUGGCCCAACGCAUGGCCGUCCUGAUCUUCACCGACUUCGUCUGCAUGGCUCCCAUCUCCUUCUUUGCCAUCUCAGCAGCCCUCAAGCUCCCUCUCAUCACUGUUUCAGACGCCAAACUCCUGCUGGUCCUCUUCUACCCGAUUAACUCCUGCGCCAAUCCUUUCUUGUAUGCCUUCUUCACACGCACCUUCAGACGUGAUUUCUUUCUCCUCGCAGCACGUUUUGGCAUGUUUAAGACCCAGGCGCAGAUUUACCGGACAGAGAGUUCCUCCUGUCAGCAGCCAGCAUGGACCUCUCCAAAGAGCAGCCGCGUGAUGCUGUACUCCUUGGCCAAUACGUUAAGUCUAGAUGGGAAACAAGAGUGCUGACUGUCAUUGAAAAACAGACUUUUUGCUGGAUUGUCAACCUAUUUCUGUCCUCACACCAGUCCUAAUUCUCACAGGCCAAUAACAGUUAUUCCUUUUAGAGAAUGUGAAGAUGUAUGCAAGUUGUGGAGAUAACAGACUGCUAAAUCGACCUGAUCAUUCUUACACUGUAGAUGACGUUGAACUUGUUUGGUUGUCAUGUAUCUCCAAUAUGUUGCCAGUGUAUUGGCCAACACAUCAGCUGCUCAAUCAUCAGACCUGCAAACAACCAUGUGACCCAUGGGUAAACUUUGAUUGUAUGUACAGCGUGUAUAGAAAUCCAAGUAAAGAUAGCUACAGAACGACUGCAGAUAUUUUAACCAAAUCUAGGUCAAAUAGCUGCCCUAGAUAAUUCCUCGUGUUUAUUUUAACUUGAUUGGGACUUCAGAUGGGUGGAGUUUAUUGCAUCGUAACAAUUGAGUUCACAAGUACAAGUAGAAAGAGUAGAGGAAGAGGAAAACUGAUUUUUACGUGCAUUGUACUUAUGUAUAAAGAAACAGCAUCCAUCUAGUGCUCCCAAGAUACUGAAACAAGCUGAAGUAUGCUUUGAUAAAAGUUUGGUUAGCAUACUCACAUAAAAAAAAAAUCAACAUGUAUUUAACAUUUAACAUCGUGACUGUACGAUAUUCAUUAAGAAGCCCAACCGCUGGGACCUACUGAUUAAUAAUCUUCUCACUCUCUGUCUGCUGUAGCUUUCCAUGCCUCUACACCCCUUCAGUUUCCCUACAUUUUAUAAUGAAGAACAUGUCUUUGUAAGUAAUUAUGUUUGUAAAUGAAUUUUCAUGUUCACAAUCUUUUAAAUGUUUUUUUUUAAUCUCAUUUAUAAACAUGUUGUAGAUUUUGUGUAUGAGGUGAAGCAACAAAAGGUAAAAACACACACAUACACACACUAAAAAAAAAAAACUCUUUAUCUAGAGAUUAUGUCCUUCAGAGCAUCCAAAGAUUUCAAGGACAAAGUGACCCGGACAACCUCUGCGCUGUGUGCCAAUAUGGGUUGGUGGGUGGUUGGGUGAAUCUGGGAGGGGGAGACCACACAGCUGCUCUUUCUGCUUAUUACAGAACGAUGGAUAUGGCAGCUAGAUAAGACUCAGAAACAAGAACCCAGGGUUUCAAGGCCGCAGCUGCAAAAAGGAAUCCAAGACUAUCUCAUUGAUAUGGAUAGACUGCCUCCUACAUGCCGACGAUGAACGUGUGCGUGCAUUUAUGCUCUUUAACCAGCAGGUGGUGCUACUGGUCUCUGCUCUAUGUCACCCUUUCAACAGCAGCAUACAAGUACAUUUACUCAAGAACUGAGGUACUAUACUUGAGUAUUUCCAUUGUAUGUAAUUUUAUACUCC